AUGAAUCCAAUAGAUGGCGAUCUCUCAGUCACCGAGAAAAAAGACGACGGUAGUUACUCUUUCAGCAUUUCCGAGAGUGGCAGCCAAAGACAAGUUGGACCGAAACCAAAGGAUAUUGGCAAUGUUAACCGCGAAUCCUACUCGGACUCCAUUCUCGAUAACACCGCCGUCAACUGGGUUGCCGACGAAAACGGAAUCCAAGUCCCCAGUGACCAUUUACCCGAUUCUCCCCCGACAGAUGGAGGCGUCAGAAAAAUGCUCGCCGAUUUAAAGAAAUAA